ACACACACACACACACAGCUGACAUCUUACAACAUAUACAUUUCCGACACGGACCGUCCCCACCCCUAUACACAUCUUUAGCACGGCACGGCUCGACUCCACUCAUUGCCACAGCCAGCUCGGGCCCUCCUCCAGGGCUGCGUGAGCCGGUGUUUGAUUGGAUUAGAGUCGGCUAGCCUUUGCCCUCUAACCUCGCUGAUGUUGGUUGGCUGCUUCCUGCUACCUCCGCUCCUCCUGACCCACUCAGCCGCACGGCGAGGCGCCCUGCACUGACACAGCCGACCGAGACAAGCUGCUACUGCCAGACCAGCGCCGAGCCGAGUCGAGCCAAGCCACAGUACACACAGAGGCAGACGGAGGAAAAGCACGGGAGCCAUGCGGAGGAAAUCAAGGUUAUUGUUGUGUUUUGCGGUGCUGUGGGUUCUAGGAAUAGCCUACUACUUCUACUCGGGGACUGCGCUGAACCGAAAGGAUGACUGGGCCUCCAGUGACGUGUCAAGUAGGAGCAAAGCUCGCAGCUCUGAUGAUAAAGCUCAUGGUCUGGAGACUCUGCCACCAGGUAAGGUGCGCUGGCAGGAUUUUGACCAGGAUCUAUAUGUUGGAGCCACGGUGGUCCGGCCCGGUCAGGAUCCAUAUGCCAGGAACAAGUUCAACCAGGUGGAGAGCGACAAACUCCGAAUGGACAGAGCCGUGCCGGACACAAGACAUGACCAUUGCAGACAUAAGCAAUGGAUGUCGGAUCUACCAGCCUCCAGUGUGGUCAUCACCUUCCACAAUGAAGCGCGCUCUGCUCUGCUGCGGACUGUGGUCAGUGUUUUAAAGAAAAGUCCUGUUCACUUAGUCAAAGAGAUCAUCCUGGUUGAUGACUACAGCGAUAAUUCCGAGGACGGAGCGUUGCUGGGGAAGAUUGAGAAAGUGCGCGUGUUGCGGAACGACCGCAGAGAAGGACUUAUGCGUUCGAGAGUGCGUGGUGCAGACGCCGCUACGGCGCCAGUACUCACCUUUUUGGACUCUCACUGUGAAUGUAAUGACCACUGGCUAGAGCCGCUGCUGGAGAGGGUGGCUGAGGACAAAACCAGAGUAGUUUCUCCGAUUAUCGAUGUCAUCAACAUGGACAACUUCCAGUAUGUAGGUGCCUCAGCUGAUCUGAAAGGAGGUUUCGACUGGAACUUGGUGUUUAAGUGGGACUACAUGACUCUGGACCAGAGACGGGCGAGACAAGGCAACCCCAUUGCUCCAAUAAAGACUCCAAUGAUAGCUGGAGGUCUAUUUGUCAUGGAUAAGGAUUACUUUGAGCUGCUGGGAAAGUACGACAUGAUGAUGGAUGUUUGGGGCGGAGAGAACCUGGAGAUCUCAUUUCGUGUGUGGCAGUGUGGUGGCAGUCUGGAAAUCAUCCCCUGCAGCAGAGUCGGCCACGUCUUCAGAAAGCAACAUCCAUACACCUUCCCCGGCGGCAGCGGGACUGUGUUUGCGAGGAACACAAGGAGAGCGGCAGAAGUGUGGAUGGACGAGUAUAAAAACUUCUACUAUGCUGCCGUCCCGUCAGCCAGAAACGUCCCCUAUGGAAAUAUCCAGAGUCGUAUGGAGAUGAAGAAGAGAUUAGGCUGUAAACCAUUUAAAUGGUACCUGGAGAAUGUUUACCCUGAACUGAGGGUCCCGGAUCACCAGGACAUCGCGUUUGGAGCUUUGCAGCAGGGAGGAAAUUGUCUGGACACACUGGGUCACUUCGCCGAUGGCGUGGUGGGCGUGUAUGAAUGCCACAAUGCUGGUGGAAACCAGGAAUGGGCCCUGACCAAGGACAAAUCAGUCAAACACAUGGACUUGUGUCUGACUGUGGUGGACAGAGCAGCCGCUUCUCUCAUCAAACUACAGGGCUGUCGAGAAAAUGACAGCAGACAGAAAUGGGAACAGAUCGAGUCCAACUCGAAGCUUCGUCACGUGGGCAGUAACCUCUGUCUGGACAGCCGCAGUGCCAGGAUGGGCGGACUCACUGUGGAGGUGUGCAGCCCCAGCCUUAACCAGCAGUGGAAGUUCACCCUCAACUUACAAUCAUAGGGGGGGAAGGGGGCGCUGCAGAGACCAGGCAGAGUUGAAUGCUCAGUAGAGACACCAACUGACUCUGAGACGUGGUUAAGAAGAUGGACUGAAGGAAACUUGAUGGAUAAAUGGAUAUUUUUUGCUCCUCCUCAGAGGUGCAGCCAGUCAUGCACCCUUCUCCCCCACCAGAAAACUAUGGGCCAUGUCCUCCUGGGGGAGAGGCUUGCAGAUGUUGUGGAGUAAUCUGUCUGUGAUGGAUGGAUGGAUGGAUGGAUGGACGGGUGGGUGCUGAAGUGAUGACCACGAUGAGGAUCAUAGUGACAGAGAGGUUUUCCACCCAAACUACAUACCUCAGUGUUUUUCAUUGAUGGUUCCAGAAGAAAAUGUUGAGUGAUUUUUUUUUUUUUCUUUUUUUACUUUUACUUUAUUUGACACUGAUAAAAUCAAACUCUUUUUACAUUGUAAUUGUUAUAUUUUAUUAAUAUUUUAUUCCUUGCUCUUAAAUCUUUACGGGGUUUCACAGGAGCUUUUUUUUUUUGUUCUUGGACGAAUCGGAUGUUGGUGGUGUUGCUCCUUUCCUGUGCUCUCUAGUUGGUUUUUUCACACCGAGCUGGAGCCUGCGGCAGCAGAACGAGGCCUCAGCUUGUGCUUUUGGUUUGGUUUGGGUAUGGAGUGAUCUGAAGGGAAGAAAAUGGGCUCAGUUCUUUGAGCUUCUCCUCUUGUUUACUUUCAUUGGUUAACAGGAUCAACAGAGAAAAGAGUGGAGAGGAAAAAUGCUGUGUGUACUUCUUUGUUUUAUUUUUUUUUUCUCUUGGGGAGGGAGCAGGGUUCAGGGAGGAGCAUCUGCUCUCUGGACAGGGCCUGACACCAGUUUGGCCCCGAAGAGCACGGACUGAAACCAGGAAGUGUCUUUAAGCUCAUCAUAAAGAUUUACUGUCUUCAGGCUGCAGCACUGGCUGCUACAGCACCUUCACUUUUUUGUCUCUAAAGAAAACACACAGAAAAUAAAUCGCUUUCCAGUC